AGGGGGUGGGGGGGGUCAAGAAGAAAAGAGUACGAUGUAUUAUCAGUUGUCCAAGUCUUCUUAUCAGGAUUCUUUGAAAAUACUAGAGGCUGAUAUACAGCAUGCCAAUGCUUUGGCUGCUGCAAUUCCAAGAGCCAAGAGUGGUGCACAUCUUCAAAUGAAGUUGGUGUACAAUCAUUUGGCGCCCCUCUUUCUAUUUUUGCUACAAUGGAUGAAUUGUUCAUGCAUAUGUCUACUCCCUCGAUAUCUAAACCUCUUUCACAUUCUUGUAUACAAGGUAUAUACAGAUGGGAGAUCAAAGAUAUCUACACAUGGAAGGAAGGCAACAGUUAGAGAGUUUUAUGGUGUAAUAUUACCAUCUCUUCAAAAGCUCCAUGGUUACUUGGGGGAGUUGGAUGAUGAUAAGAAAGGGCGUUUUACCAUGGGGAGCUCUGGCAAGAAAAGAGUUGAAUUAGAUAACAGAAUUGGGAAUAUUGAUUUGGAGAGGGAAGAUGAAUGUGGGAUUUGCUUGGAGCCAUGCACCAAAAUGGUCUUACCUAAUUGUUGUCAUGCAAUGUGCAUCAAAUGCUACCGCAAUUGGAAUACAAAGUCAGAGUCCUGUCCUUUUUGCCGUGGUAGCUUGAAAAGAGUUAACUCUGAAGAUUUAUGGGUACUUACUUGCAAUGAUGAUGUGGUUGACAAUAAAACAGUUUCCAAGGAGGACUUGUUGCGAUUCUACCUCUACAUCAACAGCCUUCCAAAAGAUUACCCGGAUGCACUUUUCUUGGUAUAUUAUGAGUACCUAAUUUGAUUUCAAGUAGUUGAGAAAAUGGUGUACAGAUAGAAAAGGCCGACCAUCAAAUGUAAAUAGAGUUGGUAGGACAAUUCUCUCUGCUUCUUACUGAAAAGAAUCAGUGCCAUUUUAUGCUUUUCAGAAGUUAAUGAACAUCCGUGUAACAAACCGUUGUUAAUUAUUAAUGGAAGUUGAAAUUUCCGAAAC